AUGAAGCUGGAGCCCUCGCUCCCCGCUCUGGCCCUUGGGAUCGGUCCCCGGGGGUGGGCGCCGGCCCGUGAUGGGAAAAGGGGCAGGGAUGCCGUGCGGUGUGUGGGCAGCGGGGAGAUGAGAAGCAGGCGCAGCUGGCGUCAUGCCCUGGCAAUUUUUAGCCUGGAAGGCCAGAUCGACGUGUCCGAGAUCCAGCAGACAUUCCACGGCCUCGGAGUCUACAUCUCUCUGCAGCAGGCAGAGAAAAUCCUCCAAAGCAUGGACAAGGACGGCACCAUGACCAUCGACUGGCACGAGUGGAGAGACCACUUCAUCCUCAACCCGCUGGAGAACAUGGAGGAGGUCGUCCACUAUUGGAAGCACUCCACGGUCCUGGACAUCGGCGAGUGCCUGACGGUCCCUGACGAAUUCUCCGAGAAGGAGAAGAGGACGGGGAUGUGGUGGAAGCAGCUGCUCGCGGGCGCCAUGGCUGGGGCCGUCUCCAGAACGGGAACCGCCCCGCUGGACCGGCUUAAAGUUUUCAUGCAGGUUCACGCCUCCAAGACCAACAACAUGAACGUGUUUGGGGGGCUGAAGGGCAUGAUCCAGGAGGGGGGCGUCCGCUCCCUCUGGCGCGGCAACGGGGUCAAUGUGCUGAAGAUCGCGCCUGAGUCUGCCAUCAAGUUCAUGGCCUAUGAGCAGAUCAAGCGGGCGAUUCGUGGGCAGCAGGAGACGCUGCGGGUGCAAGAAAGGUUUGUGGCCGGCUCACUGGCCGGUGCCACUGCUCAGACAAUCAUCUACCCCAUGGAGGUGCUGAAGACCCGGCUGACCCUGCGGAAGACGGGUCAGUACUCGGGGGUGGCCGACUGCGCUAAGAAGAUCCUGCAGAAGGAGGGAAUCCGGGCCUUUUACAAGGGCUACCUGCCCAACGUACUGGGCAUCAUCCCCUACGCCGGCAUCGACCUGGCUAUCUACGAGACGCUGAAGAACAUGUGGCUUCAGAAAUACAGCAGGAACACAGCGGACCCCGGCAUCCUGGUGCUCCUGGCCUGCGGGACGAUGUCCAGCACCUGCGGGCAGAUCGCCAGCUACCCCCUGGCCUUGGUGAGGACCCGGAUGCAAGCCCAAGCCUCCAUCGAGGGCGCCCCGCAGCCCACCAUGCUGGGCCUCUUCAAGCACAUCCUGUCGCGGGAGGGGGUGCUGGGCCUGUACCGGGGCAUCGCCCCCAACUUCAUGAAAGUGAUCCCGGCCGUCAGCAUCAGCUACGUCGUCUACGAGAACAUGAAGCAGGUGCUGGGCGUGACGUCCAGAUGAACCCGCCGGCCCGGCGGGGCCUGGAUGCCCCUGCCCCACCGCUUGCCCCCCGCCCCCUCGGUGCG